UUUAUUUAAAAACCCAUAUAAAUAGUCGAAUAAAAACAUGGAAGAAGGCGACACUCACACAAAUUUUAUCCUUUCAACCGGUUACUUAAAUCGGUGAAUCCUUGUCGUUCUUCUCUCUGAUCGCAUCGUCUCUCGUUCCCAAUCUUAAUUGCAUUUCUGAGGUGUUUUUGUUAUCUGAGGUUUUGAUCUUAAUCCUAGAGAAUCAUCGCAGUUGUGGAGAUGUCUUUCGAGAGAAAAGAGUACCAAUUUCUGGCGGAGAUCGGAGUCGGUCCGGCGAAUCCUGGAUGUUACAUCAACGGAGAGUGGAAGGCACGCGGCCCGCUCGUCUCUUCUGUGAAUCCGUCGAACAAUCAGAGGAUUGCGGUGGUGACGGAGGCGUCUAUUGAAGAUUACGAGGAGGGGCUGAUGGCUUGCAGUGAAGCAGCAAAGACGUGGAUGAAGAUUCCGGCGCCGAAGCGAGGUGAGAUUGUGAGGCAGAUUGGGGAAGCGCUUAGAGCGAAAUUGGGGAGUCUUGGUCGGCUUGUGUCGCUGGAGAUGGGGAAAAUACUGGCUGAAGGAAUCGGAGAGGUUCAGGAAAUUGUUGAUAUGUGUGAUUAUGCUGUUGGGUUAAGUCGACAAAUAAAUGGAUCCAUCAUACCUUCUGAACGUCCAGACCAUAUGAUGUGUGAGGUGUGGAAUCCCAUGGGCAUAGUUGGUGUGAUUACUGCUUUCAACUUUCCAUGUGCUGUCCUUGGAUGGAAUGCCUGCCUCGCAUUAGUAUGUGGUAAUUGUGUUGUGUGGAAGGGUGCUCCAACAACUCCACUAGUCACCAUUGCCGUGACAAAGCUAGUGGCUGAAGUUCUUGAGAAAAACAACUUGCCAGGUGCAAUAUUCACCUCUUUUUGUGGAGGUGCUGAAAUUGGUGAAGCCAUAUCAAAAGACGCUCGCAUUCCCCUGGUUUCAUUCACUGGGAGUUCAAAGGUGGGUCUAAUGGUCCAACAAGCUGUCAACCAAAGAUUUGGUAAAUGCUUGCUUGAAUUAAGUGGGAACAAUGCCAUCAUUAUCAUGGAAGAUGCUGACAUUGGGCUAGCAGUACGGUCUGUUUUGUUUGCUGCUGUUGGCACGGCUGGCCAGCGCUGCACCACGUGUCGUAGGCUGCUAGUUCAUGAAAGUAUAUAUGAGACUGUAUUGAAUCAACUGAUUGAUGUCUAUAAACAAGUCAAAAUGGGGGACCCUUUAGAAAAAAGUACCCUUGUUGGACCACUGCAUACUCGUGCUUCGAAGGAGAACUUUGAGAAGGGCAUUGAGAUCAUAAAAUUUCAGGGAGGAAAUAUUCUGAUUGGUGGGUCCACUGUAGAAUCUGAGGGAAAUUUUGUGCAGCCAACAAUCGUUGAGAUUUCUCCAAAUGCCUCUGUAGUUAAGGAAGAAUUGUUCGGUCCAGUUCUUUAUGUGAUGAAAUUUCAGACUUUUGAAGAAGCAGUUGAAAUGAACAACUCUGUACCACAAGGAUUGAGUAGUUCAAUCUUCACUCGCAAACCUGAAGUUAUCUUCAAAUGGAUUGGGCCACAUGGAAGUGACUGUGGUAUUGUGAAUGUAAAUAUACCUACAAAUGGAGCUGAGAUUGGUGGAGCUUUUGGGGGAGAAAAGGCAACUGGUGGUGGUCGUGAAGCAGGAAGCGACUCCUGGAAACAAUACAUGCGGCGUUCAACAUGUACAAUCAAUUAUGGAAAUGAGCUACCACUGGCUCAGGGUAUCAAUUUUGGCUAGCAACUACUGUGGAGCGAUGAUUGUUACCUUGGAAUCCGGGGCAUUGUCACUCAAUGAAACAGCUUUCCGGCGGUACAUCUACUUCGCCAGAGGGAGUGGACGGGAGAGAUCUCGGCGAGUCCAAGCUCCGGCGGAAAAGGCGGCCUAUGGCGGAGAUAGGAUGCUCCGUUGCAUUUGGUGGACUGAAAGAUCUGAAGUCUUUGCAGAAACUGAUGUGGCGGUUCAGCGCCUCCUCGGUGGUGAUGACCCUCUCUGAUCUCAUGACUUCGUCCUUCACCGCCUCCACGCAGAGUCCGCAUAUCCACAGCCCGUGGUACUUCUCACGAACACGGGAUAUGUACUCCGGCGUGCAUUCCUCCGUGAAUCCACACGAGUCGCAUUUCACGAACUCCGCUUCCGUCGACGGAACCACCACUUUCAGAGGAGGCAGUUGAGACUCCGACCCUGAAAUCGCCAUUGCUACGAUGAUAAAUGCAUCCAAUUACUGCAGUUUCUCUCUCUAACCCACCUCGCUCUCUUUCUCUCUCCAGAAUUGAAGAAGACGAUGAGAGGGAUAUGUGCGGGGUGAGUUGUUCUUUCCAUAUGAAAAAUGUUUGCUUAACUGAAUGUGAAACGGUAGCACCAAUGCACUGUACAUCUAGGACGAGUGGUUCCUUGCACUUUAUCCUACACGUGUCGAUAUCUCACCCUGGUUGCACGGAGAUUCUUUGCGGCUCCAGGUCUUUAGUUGCAUUAGUCUAUUAGACUGCGGUUUUCUCCUUUUUGGUGACACGGGUAAAGUCACCAACCAUUGACGCUCCGAAGCAUAUAAGUGGCAACGGCUCAGUCACUUACUGUCACCAAAGAGUAUGUGAAUCUGUGACAGACAAACCUAUAAUCGAUAAACAAAUUUUUUCUAGGGU